AUGUAUGAUGAUGACAGGUCAGUAAAGUGGGAAGGUGGUGCUGGAGCUGACCCACGCUAUCAUCAAGUUGACGGUCAACUCACAAUUACAAAUGUGGACCGUAAUAGAGAUAAAGGAGGCUGGAUAUGUUCAGUUUUAACCCCGGGAGGAGAGUUAGCCAGAAGAGAGGUGCAAGUAUCAGUUGUGUCACCGCCCGUCCUCUCCCCGAUAGUGUUUCCACCUGGCUUGAGAUCAGGCGAUCGAGCUCAGUUGACUUGUACCGUAACGUCCGGUGAUAUGCCUGUUUAUUUUUCGUGGCUGAAAGAUCAAAUGCCUUUAUCGAGUGUGCUACAGGUUGACGAACGUGGAGCAGAAUUUUACAGUAUGCUUUUAUUCAAAAGUUUAACAGCAGCUCACAGUGGCACUUACACCUGUGUCGUUACGAAUACAGCUGGUAAAGCUAAUACGUCGGCUGAAUUGGCUAUAAAAGUUCCUCCGUACUGGCAACUUGAACCAUCAGAUAGUGCUGUUUUACUAAAUGGUUCUCUCACUAUAAGUUGUGAAGCUCGAGGUCACCCCAAGCCUACCAUAUACUGGACUAAAUUUUCUGGUAGUACAGAAACCACAUUGGGUGGAGUAUCCGAUCCAGUUGUACUGAAUAACGGUUCAUUAAGAUUAGAAACAGCUCGAGCUGAACAUUCAGGACGGUAUCGGUGUAGAGCAGAUAACGGAGUUCCCCCGCCAUUAUCAAAAACACUCACUAUACACGUUAAUGAGCCUGCGCGAUUUGAAACACCGUCAGUUAAUGUGACAGCAAAACUUGGGGAUACUGUUCGGCUUGCAUGUGUAGCACGUGGGGACACUCCUCUAACAAUAACAUGGAGUAGCUCGGGACGCGCCCUUCCAAAUUCUGAUUAUAGGAUGAGUAUUUCUGAAACACGAAGCGCAGAAGGAUUGAGGAGCGAGUUAGUUUUAGAACGAGCUGACAGAAGAGAUUCUGGUGUUUACCGAUGUCAAGCAUCGAAUCCGUAUGGCCGAUCUGAUCAUUUUGUUCAUCUUGGUGUUCAAGAGCCACCAGAACCACCUGCCAACUUUCGUGUAUUGGAAACAACAUCUCGUUCAGUUCGUUUACAAUGGCGUCGACCGUAUGAUGGAAACUCUCCAGUACUCGGAUACGUAGUUCAGUAUCGAAAACAUGAUUCUACUAAUCCCGAUUCUUGGAGAGAUGCUGAUACUCACAAUGUAUCGGUAUCUGCUCAUUCAACAGAUACAUAUACAGAGGUAGAAGGUGCAACGAUAUCCGGUCUGGAACCAGCAACAGCUUAUUUAGUGCGAGCAAGAACUGUUACAGCACAAUUUGCUUCGUCUCAUACUCGAGCACUCCUUGCUUUGACUUUACACGAGCCACCAGCACGAGCGCCGAUCAGUCUUCGAGCAUCUGCUCAAAGACCUGCCACAGUUGAAUUGACCUGGCAGGCUCCACCCACUUCUUCUUGGAACGGUGAACUACUUGGAUAUACAGUGUGGUGGUGGCCAUCUGCCGAUGGAUCUCUCUCAGGUGGCGCCAAUGUCGGCAUGGAAUUUGCUACAGUUCGAGGCCAAAUCAAUAAAUACACCAUCGAAGGUCUCGAACACUACACACGAUAUUCGAUUAGCGUUAGAGCAUUCAACAGUGCUGGGGCAGGUCCAGCUACUGCCCCUGUAAAUACUUUGACGCAAGAAAGUGUACCAACAGAAGGUCCACGGGCAGUGAGAUGUCGUGCAGUAUCACCACAAAGUCUAAAAGUUGAGUGGUCACCUCCGCCAGCACACGCUCACCAUGGAGCUUUACUUGGGUACAAGCUACUGUAUCGUCCUGAACAUACGAUAGAUUGGCUGGAGUGGGAGGUACGUGGUGGUGGUGGUCAAAGUGCUGUAGCGGGAGCUGAAGUGAAACGGGUGGCGGGUGUUGAAACGCUUUUGCUUGCUCUUAGACCACACAUGAACUACACAAUACAGGCCUUAGCAUAUACUUCCGCUGGGGAUGGCGUUCCCGCUCAUCCUAUCCAUUGCACCACACACCAAGACGUUCCUGGGCCCCCAGCUGCGGUUAAAGUCGUAGCAACUUCAGUGUCCUCACUAGCGGUUAGCUGGUUACCGCCAAGUCGACCCAAUGGACCGAUUAUAUAUUACACUAUUUUCUACCGUGAACUUGGCAGGGACCGACCCCCACAAACAACGACUGUUCAAGCCGAAGACGUUGAAUCUUCUGUGGGCUUGGGAGGAUCAACUGAACUAAGAUCUCUAUCAGAGGGUGCUACGUACGAAGCUUGGGUCGCAGCUCACUCAGUGGCAGGUGAAGGUGAACCAUCUGCGCCUCAACCAGCUACAACGACCUCAAGGGCAACGGUCAGGCUCCUGGCAUUUGGUGUAUGGGCCCGUGUAAAAUGCGGCAACUCCUUGAGGCUCGCGUGUGCAUGGCGCGGCGAGCCCGCACCGCGAGCACGUUGGUUGCGUGGCGAUCGACCCGUCACACACGAUCCACGGACGCAUUUGACGCCGCAUGGACAUCUAACUAUACAUGAAGUGGACGCAGCCACAAGCGGAAAUUACACGUGUGCUGCUCGUAAUGCUUUUGGAUCCGAAGAAGUAACAUACCGCGUAGAAUGUGCAUCCCCGCCGUCCGCUCCCACCCUUACAUUGGAGCACGCCGCACAUAAAGAAGCUAAACUUACCUGGCGGACUACGCACCACCCAGCUGCUCCGCCACACGGUUUUACCAUUUGGUGGGUACGCAUUCGGGAUGACACUGGUGAAGGGUUGGAAUCUAUCAAUUCCCGCGUUGAAGAGGAACGAAGACUGGAAGCCGGGGGAGAAGCAGCUAGUGUUAUUCUAAGAGCGCUUUCGUGUGGAGCCACAUAUUCCGUCAGAGCAGUAGCCCACUCAAGAGCCGGUCCCUCACCGUCUUCUGCUCCACUAUUAGUCCGGACAAAACCACCAGUACUAGUUUGGGAGGGAGGGGGAGAAUCAAAAGAAAACAGUGACCAAAGUGCUGAAGCGGCCGUAUGGAGUAACAGCAGUGCUUUGGCAGUGGAUGCGCGAAGAGCAGUACGUUGCGGGGCACGACUUGUCCGCUUGCAAUGGCGACGAGCUGACGCUGGAAAUAACGGUAUCUGGAGGGACGCCGACCUUACUUCAUUGCACCAUCAUCGUGAAGUCGUUGUAAAUGACUUAACGGCAGGAGCCUGGUACGCUCUUCGUUUGUGGACAGCUACAGAGUCAGCCCGACAUCAAGCUAUAAUUUACGCAGCAACCACAACACCUUCUGGGGAAAAACUUCGUCGGCCAGUAGCAUUUCAAGCAGAAAGUGGAUCCGUGCCAACUGUUGGUGGUGCAGCAGACACGGACCGAGUGUUGGGAGCAGUUUCGCUUGCUUUUGCAGCGCUCGCAGCUCUCGCAGUAGCAGCAUUACUUCUUGUGUUGUUGGCAAAACGAAGCACAUUAUGGCCAUGUGGUGGACCAGUUGAUGAAGAGACACGGCGGUGCAGUCAUUCAGUUGCCAGCACUGACAAAUCUGUUUGUCCAGAACAGCAGAACAUACGAAAUUGUCAACACGAUUACAAACACGACAAACUAUCGCCGGCCUCCGAUGUGUAUGAAAUAAGUCCGUACGCUACAUUCGCCGUGGGCGGAGAAGCAACAGCUGCAACUUUAGACCACACGCUUCAAUUCCGCACCUUCGGGCACCGCGACAACGACGCUCCGCCGCACCGUCCCUGCAGGAAGCAUCCGCAACGACAUCGUGAUCGCGAAGGUUUUCUUUAA